GUAAGCGGGGAAGCAGCGGCCUCUUUCCGCGGGGCCAUGGCUGCAGCUGCCGGCGCAGUUGUUAGGAUUUUGGACAAACGUCUUCCUUCUGCUCUGCGUGCAAGUGGAGGACCAUGCCGGUUCGUGAACAGGAGGAUGUGCAGCAAAACCCAAGCAGAGAAUGUGCAGAAGCCAAAACCCCAGGCUUCAGCCUCUUUCAAAGUUCCAGGACACAAGCCCAGUGACUGGGACAAGAAGUUGCUGCUAUGGACGGGCCGUUUCAAGAAAGAAGAGGAUAUACCAGAAACAGUGUCGUUUGAGAUGGUUGACGCAGCGAGGAACAAGAUGCGUGUGAAGAUCAGCUACGUAAUGAUUGCCUUGACAAUCAUGGGCUGCAUACUGAUGGUCAUUCUGGGGAAGCGGGCUGUUGAGAGGCACGAAUCCCUGACGAGCCAGAAUCUGGAGAAAAAAGCUCGCUGGAGAGAGGAGGCCGCUCAGAGUGUCUCUGCCAAACCAUAGUCAAUGGGAAGGACAAUACUUCAGAAGGGACGAGAUGAUAUAACUGGCAUAUGUGAUUCAGCUCCAGUGCAGAACAAGUGCUCAGAACACAAAACUCAUACAUCGAAGUUGACAGGGUGCCUAAUUCAAAAGUCUUUGAUAAACACAGGGAAGUUCGGAGGUCAGAAAGUCUGGCUAUGCAUGAAUAGACAAGCCUUUGCCCUGAGGAUCAUGCACUCGAAAUCCAACACACAGGAUAGCACUAAAAGGAGACACAAUUCAGGACUUCAGUCCUAUACCCACUUACAUGGGUGCGAUACCCUAAUGGCUUCAAGGAAGUAUUAACAAUUUUGGGGAUAAAAUGGUGGUCUGUGGAACCCACAGGAAAAUUGGCAAGGGUCCUUGGAACACUUUCCUAACGCUGCUCUCUGGGAUUAGUUGCUGAUGUAGGAACAGAAACACAAUAAAAGUGUGUUCCUGGUACCUAGCAAUCUCCUUAAAACUGGCAUCAAAAGCUGCAGAAAAUUACUUAUACAGUCAUACUUUGAUUCUCAAAUGUAAUUGGUUCCAGAAUUCCAUUCAGCUUCUGAAAACGUUCGAAAACCAAGGUGUGGCUUCCAGUUGGCUGCAGGAGCUUCCUGCACUCAAUCGGAAGCAGCGUUGGGAUGUUCAGCUUCCAAAAGACGUUCACAAACCUGAACACUCACUUCCGGGGCUGCGGCGUUCGGGAGCCAAAAUGUACGAGCACCAAAGCAUUUGAGAACCAAGGUAUGACUGUACUCACCCAGGGCUUGAUCAGUCUGAAUAAGGCCAAUUCCAAAAACCAGGCUUGGACCCACACUGAAAUGGGCCAAGAUAAUCAGCAUCAUCCACGAUUACCUCCAGUUGCUCUGCCGUUACCCUCUUGACCAAUAAUGGGGCAUUUGCAACUUGUCAGUCACCAUCUGGUCCAGGUUUGACUUCUUUAAGAAAUAGGUGCACUGAUGCCUCUAAGAGCAUCAGAGUCCACAAAACUAUGCUAGGCAUGGCACAGACACGACAUAAGAUGCCACAACCGUUGCAUCAAGUUCAUUCCAAAGACAAGCAUCUUCAUCCUUGAAAGUGCUGCCCAAACAUGUCAAAGUGGGACUUGGAUAGAUCCUCCAGAGUCAGCAGCGGCCAUAUGGGUACUUGAUGCAAUGGAGGCAGCGCAGUAUGAUUUUGCAGUGCUCACCACCAUAUGGUAGGUGCAAUUAAGCACUCAAACCAGUGUUCAUUAUACCAGUAUAGGUAAAUAAUUCCAUGUAGGUAAGAAACAGCUACAGCAAAGAUGUAGCACAAACCACUCUUUCAGUUUGGGUCUACUUAGCCUUGCCACCAUGCAUAGGUAAAGGGACCCCUGACAGUUAAGUCCAGUUGUGGACGACUCUGGGGUUGCAGCACUCAUCUUACUGUAUUGGCCAAGGGAGCCGGCGUACAGCUUCUGGGUCAUGUGGCCAGCAUGACUAAGCCGCUGCUGGCAAACCAGAGCAGUGCACGGAAACGCCGUUUUACCUUCCUGCCGGAGUGGUACCUAUUUAUCUACUUCCACUUCGUGCUUUCGAACUGCUAGGUUGGCAGGAGCAGGGACCGAGCAACGGGAGCUCACCCCGUCGCGGGGAUUCGAACUGCCGACCUUCUGAUUGGCAAGCCCUAGGCUCUGUGGUUUAACCCACAGCACCACCCGUGUCCCUUGCAUACUAGUGCUCAAAUUACACAGGCUUUCUGUUGUUGAAAAGUUGUGAUAUGAUUUGGCAAAAACAGAGACGCCAAGGGAAGGGGUUAUGGAUCAUUAAUGGCCCCUCGCCCGUCUUUCCCCCAUAAAGCACUGUGCACAGAAGCACACGCAGCAUAGAAUCAUAGAACUGUAGAGUUGGAAGGGGCCACAAAGGUUGUCUAGUCCAACCCCCUGCAAUGCAGGAAACAUUUGCCCAGUGUAGGGUGUGAAUCCACAAUCUUGAGAUCGAGUCCAAGUAAAAGUGGGGUUGUAUGGAGUGUAGGUUGUAAAAAGCACAAUUUGUUAUGCUGCACAUCACUGCUGAUCACAAGGCAUGCCUUGGUCUGUAAUUUACUCGCUUUGUGGAGCUUGAGCCAACAUGAGAUGACCUUUAACCAGCAAGGUUUUAAAAAAUAAUUGAAUAAAUUCGUAAUUCAG